UAAGUAUGAAAUAUAGCUUGGAAAUAUUAGCUAAUACACAUAAAAUUAUACAACAGAAAAGGUUGGUAAAUACUAGAAAAAAUGGUAGACUUGGGUGAAAUUCCAUCAGUUUUUCAUCCCUCAUUUUUAUUCUAUAUAUAAUUUAAGGUCAACUUUACCAUGACAAGAUGCAGAUGAAACAACUGCAAAAAAUAAUUACUGGAACAUCUGUCAAAAAUGACAUUGAAAUAGGUACUAUUGAGUGAAGUACAGAGGAGAGAGCAAUAUAAUUCUUUUGUAAUUAGCUACAUAUUACCUGAAGUUCUGAUAGGGUGUCGAAAACUGUCUGAAUUUGAUUUACAAAAGACACAUUGAAAUUAAGAGGUCUGCAGUGACAGAGAGGGUAGGAGAAACAAUUUCAUUAGAUAAUUCUGUAGAGAUGCCUUGAGGAUAUUCCUUUCCCUCCAACUCCCACCUCCACCCCCAUGCCAAGAUCUUCCUUCUGUCCUGAUAAGGAUGGAGGCAGAAUGAGCUAACAUUUCCUAGUACCUGGUACUGUAAGUCCUCCCCCCGCCCCCCCAUACUCUUAAAACAUCCCUACCAAGUAAAUUAUCCCUUUACAGAAUUAACAAACUCGAAGUUCGCACAGAUAAGUGGUAGCAGUAAUUUGAAACCAACAUCUCUGUGACAAAAUUCCAGGGUCCUCAAUUAGAGAAUCCAGUUCUAAGACCUACUCCUCUGAUGUAGUCAAGCUUCUGUGAAUUUCAGCAAGGUACUUGGCUUCUUUGAGCCCUGAUUUUAUCAGUAAAAUUGGAUUCAUAUCUACAGACACGUUUUCUGCAAGAGUGAACUAAAAUGAAGAUACAUUAGCUAUUAGAAGUACUUAGCACAGAGCUGUGCAGAGUUGUUUCUCCAUGAGUCAUGGCUAUUAUUACUAUAACUACUAUUGUUGUUAAUUGCUUUUGAGAUUAUGAUGCUGGGCUUUCGAAACACAGAGUAUGAUUUCAUUGAAUUGUCCUACGUGUACUGAAGUCCUACUAUGAGCUGGUUCUACUUAGUAAACAUUUUAGCUCCCCAUGAACCAUUUAUCUGGAAGCAGGCAAAAUGCUGUGAGAGUGAAUAUGUAGUGUCUUAAGGACCGCACAGACUUUGGACUUGAGGAUAAGCCCUCAUUAUUUAAAGUUUUAUCUAGCAUAUUUGCUGAAUUAGGCUGCAGCAUGCCUUAAUUGAAAACAAGUAACUCAUUGUUUCUUUUUUCCUUCCCACAAUAAAUACCGUCCUUUCCCAUGGUAUCUAAUUUCCUCUAGCAGAAAGACAUCACCAUCACUAUAGAUAUAGGCAGCAAGCUACCAAUGAAUCACAAAGAAGAAGGAGGCUAGUCUUUAUGUGCCAUUUCUACCUUAUUUCAAGACAGAAGUUUGAUGCACCUUCACAAAUCUUUUGAGAUUAUAUAUAUGAAAUUUCUGCCACAUAAAACACCAACUUCCAAAGGGACCAAAAAGCGCAGUUCUGAAAGGGGGGAAGAGAGAGGUAGGCAAGAUGAUUCUUGCCUGUAAACAAGGAGUUAACUUUUCCAAAUAAGUGAAAUCUAAAAUUGGCCAUUGUCAUCGUGUGAUAUUAACACCAGCUCUUUUGGCAAGUUUAGAAAUACUGGGCUCCCUUAUAAAAGUUAAAAAUGUCCUGGACCUGGAGUUGUUUAUCCAGAGUAGGAGCUGCUCUAAAGUUACAGAGCUCUGGUUGGAAGAGGUGACUCGAAGGCCGCCUCCGAGAAACUGACGUCACAGUAGGCUCAGCUGCCGCUGUGACGCUGGGCUGAGCAGCUUUUUGAUUUGUGAAAGUGGUAGAGGUUUCAAAGGGACUUGUCAGUACUUCUCUGUUGAAUGGUUGGACUGAUUUUACAUUCCCAUUUCAUGCAAAGAAGCAAGAUUCACUGCUCCAAGACGUCAAAGGCUUUUCACUCUAAAACAACCAGCUGUCCUCCCAUUGCUAGGUUGACCGGUGGUUGGACCUCUGUAGGAUUUCUCCCCAGUGCAAAAAGGCAAGUGAGACGGCUUCAAAUAAAACAGCUCCAAGCUUCCAAGAAACAGUUAAGAGAAGGCAGAGACGAACAGAAAUACCCCUUCACUAACACUCACACGGUUGCCAUGGACCUGCACAAGCAGUGGGAGAACACAGAGGCUAACUGGCACAAGGAAAAAAUGGAAUUACUGGACCAGUUUGACAAUGAAAGAAAGGAAUGGGAAAGUCAGUGGAAGAUAAUGCAGAAGAAGAUAGAAGAGCUCUGCCAUGAAGUAAAGCGUCGGAGGAAAAUCAACAUGAGUGAACGUGCUAAGGUCAUUGAUCUUGAUUGUGAGAAGGCUGUUGGAGAUAAAAUGGAAUCUUCUCCAGAUUACCCCAAUUCAGGACAAUGUAAAUUUACAGGGAUACAUCCCAGGGACAUUCUGGGAAAAAAAGAUAAAACAGAGCAGAGUUUACUCAGGGAAAGAAAUCAAGUGUGCAAGGAACAAAAAACAAUGAAAAAAUCAAAAGUAGGGUAUAUGGAUUCUGAAGCCAGAGACAACCAAAAAGAACGUGGGGCCCGGCCUGACCUGAGGACUUUUGAGGCAGAGAACAAGAGCUGCUCUGGCGCCCUCAACACAGCUCUUGAAGAACUUGCCAAAGUUAGUGAAGAAUUAUGCAACUUUCAAGAGGAAAUUCAAAAGCGGUCUAACCACAGAAGGAUGAAGUCAGAUUCUUUUCUCCAGGAAACACCAAAUGUAAUGAAUACGCCUCAUGGAGGUCACAUGAUCAACAACAGCCAGUGCAUUCCUUCAACCAGUUUAGAAAAUGAGAAAUGGAAAAACAGAAAAAAUCUGAGCUGUACCAAUGUUUUCCAGAACAAUUCCAAGAAAAAAGAUGGAAUUGAUACAAUUGAUCUGAAAAGAAGUGAAGCUCCACCAAUUCCUCCUCCAAGAAGCACAUCUCGAAAUUUUCCCAGCUCAUAUUCUGCACAAGCCCAUGAAAGUUGGAAAGAAUGUUUAGACCACAGCAGCUGGGUGGCCCAAGAGGGUCAAGGUGAAAAGAACAGCCACCCUCAUUUUCUCUGGAAGCAUGAUGAGAUGCCACUGCUGGGUCUAAAUGAAGGGAAGACUCUGAAGGAUGGUAUCACGUUUCCUUCUUUGGCACCAGAAGCUAAAAUAGAUAACAAGCCUUCAUGUAAUGAAAAUGCUGGACUUAGCAUGUGGUCAUGCAACACUGGGGUUUGUGCAAAAAAUAGCCCCUCUACACUGUGGUUUCAGAAAGCCUGCUCUACUCCCAAUAAGCCAAAAUAUGAAAAGGUAAUUCCAGAUCACUCUGCUAAACCUCCUCCUGAUCUUCAUAUAAGCAAUGACUGUAGCUCCUUAGUGUCACAGAGCAGCGGCCCACUAAGAAGUUUCAGUUAUGGCUUUGAAAAGACUACUGGGAAUGAAAAGCUGGCAAAAAAGACUGAUGAAUUUAACAGAAUUGUAUUUAGAACAGAUAGAAAUUGUCAUGCUGUACAACAAAGUCAAAGCUGCUCAGAACGAUCCGAAGAUCUUCAGCGCUGUGAGACCUUGACUGCGUGCACAGGCAACGUCUCAGUCAGUGAGAGUGUUUCUGACGUUCUGAAAACCAGUGCCCCCAUGCCUGUGCCCAGGGAAAAUGUGCCUGAUAAUUCCACCAAAAAACCCACACCAGGCCAGUUCAGACAAACGCGGGAGCCCAUAAGCCCUCACAGUUACCGGAAUAUGCUUCACGAGCAUGACUGGAGACCAAGUAGUUUGUCUGAUCGGCCAAGGUCUGCGGACCCCAGGUCAAAUUAUGGUGUGGUGGAAAAGCUGCUGAAAACCUAUGAGACAUCUGCGGGGUCUGCAUUGCAGAAUUCUCGAUGCUUCCGGGCCAACUGGACCAAAUGUAGUUCUGAUGUCAGUGGUGGAGCCACAUUAGGUCAACAUUUAGAAAAGCUCCAAAUAGAACAAGAGCUUGAGCACAAGACAGCAAUGCAUGGAGCACAGCAAGUGAAGCGAGGAGUAGAUCGGAAAAAGGUAACUGAGGAAUCCAUGGCAGUGAAAUCCUCACCUGGAAAAGGAUUUUCCCGACCUGCCAGACCAGCAAAUCGCCGUCUCCCAUCCAGAUGGGCAUCUAGAUCUCCUUCAGCACCCCCUGCCUUGCGGAGAACUGCCCACAACUUCCCCGUUCCUCUGCGAUCAGAAGCAUCGAUGGUCUAAGUCUCUGGCCUGGAUUGCUAGACUACGAAAGUCCCGGUUGCCAAACAGAGUAUUCCGAGUGUUUACAAACAAUUCUGUCUCUUCUGUAUCCUUCAAGAUUACUGGGACAAUUUAAACCUUAACUUCCCAUCAGUCUUCAGUGUUUUUAAUCUAUGGAGUAAUUAUCUUCUUGUAUUUUGAUUUCCUAGAUCAGAAUUUUUUAAUGCCAUCCUCAUUAAUUUGCCAAUAUGAUUUACAUCGAAACAGUGUACUAUAUUGUAUAUUCUGACUUUCUUGCAAGUGGCAGAAAGCAAGGUUAUGUGCAUGGCUAUGUGUUUUGUAGGUGCAUGUGUUGAUACAGGAAAUGUCAGUAUGUAUUUAGAUAAGUAAAACUUAUGUGCUAGUGUUGACUUUGAAAUUAUAACAUAUAUACCUAUA